GAGAGAGAGAGAGGGAGAGAGAGGGAGCUGUGCGCUCUCUUCCCAGCAGAGUGCGUCCCGAUCCUCUCACACCCAAACAGAGCCACACAUACACACACACACAUCGGGGUCACUCUUGUUCCAGGCAGCGGACUGUUUUCAGUGAAUAUCGCACAUGAGCUGGGGGAAGGACGCCGGCAAACCUGACCUACCUGUGCACUUUCAGCGCGCGUCAAAGAAACUCCGCUGAUUGUUUCCUCCGCGGUGCUUUUGGAUUACGGAGGAUAAAUAACAAAGCAGCGAGGGCGCGUAACUCCGCGAAUCAUGGAUUUAUGGAUAAAGUUGAUGUUGCUGUGCAGCUGCUGUUUUGGAGCAAGUGCAGACUUUGAUGGCAGGUGGCCUCGACAGAUGGCUUCGUCCAAUGGCCUGUGUCGUUACGGAGCCCGGGUGGACUGCUGCUGGGGAUGGACGCGUCGCUCUUGGGGUCACUGCCAGCCUCUCUUCGCCUUAACUCACAGAGUAGCCGGGAUAAGGUGCCAGCCCCAAGCUGUGUGUCAGCCCGGCUGCAAGCACGGAGACUGUGUGGGACCCAACAAGUGCAAGUGUCACCCAGGCUUCACCGGCAAGACCUGCAACCAAGAAGAAGAGCUGGACUAUUUAACCCCACCAGUGUGGGCCGAUCACCUUCCCCUCUUUCUCCCCGUGGACCACCAGCCAGCCAGAGUAGUGAUGGAGGACCUGAAUGAGUGCGGCCUGAAGCCUCGGCCUUGUAAACACAGGUGCAUGAACACAUACGGGAGUUACAAGUGCUACUGCCUCAACGGCUACAUGCUGAUGCCUGACGGGACCUGUGGAAAUGCUCGCACUUGUGCCAUGGCUAACUGCCAGUAUGGAUGCGAGGUGCUAAAAGGAGAGGUCCGGUGUCAGUGUCCGUCGCCGGGACUGCAGCUGGCUCCGGAUGGAAGAACCUGCGUGGAUGUAGAUGAGUGUGCAGCAGGAAUAGCCGUGUGUCCCAGGUUUAGAAAAUGCAUCAACACCUUCGGGAGCUACAUCUGCAAGUGCCAUGAAGGCUUCGACUUGCAAUACAUCAACGGGAAAUAUCAGUGCAUAGAUGUGGAUGAAUGCUCCUUAGGUCAGAGCCACUGCAGCAGCUUCGCCACCUGCUACAACACGCCGGGCUCGUACAAGUGCAAAUGCAAAGACGGCUACAGGGGGAUGGGCCACGACUGCAAACCCAUUCCUAAGGUGGUUAUUGACCCGCCGAGACCAGGCAAACUGCCUCCGAAUCAUCACAACCAAAUCCCUGACAUGGAUCAGAGGAGGACCACCACCCUCCGUCCGCCGGUCACACAAAGAAGAGUCUUCCCGGUUAUUCCCAAAACAACACCCACCACAACGACGACAACCACAACAACGAAACCAAAGACCAAAGCUCCUCUUCCUCCAAAGAGGAUAACUCCAGCGCCACGCAAGCCAGCUGUUCCCACCAAAAAGCCCCUGAUCCCGACCAGGAAGCCUCCAGUACCCACACCUAAGCCCUUCAACCCACCGAAGCCAGUGCCUCCAACCAGACGCCCCCAACCACCACCGCCACCAGUCACACCUGUGGACAAUAGCAUUCAGAAGGAGGUCACCAGACAGAGAGGAGAUGUCCACAUCCCCAGGAACCACGGCCAGAACACCGUCCUCGGCAUCGACUUUGACAUUGAGCUCGGCAACACGGCGGAUGAAGCCAAGGACGACCCAGAGUCUGGCUUCCUGAGCUGCUCCUUUGAUGACGGUCUCUGCGGUUGGAUUAGGGACAAAGAUGGAGACCUGCACUGGGAGACGACGCCUGAUCCGUCAGGUGGACGUUACCUCACCAUCCCUGAGGUGGGCAACAAAAGGACUGGGCGAGGGGCCCGGCUGGUCCUCCCACUCACCCCACCCUGGAAUGACGGCAAUCUGUGCCUGUCGUUCCGGCACAAGCUAGCAGGGCACCAUGUGGGCAUGCUGCAAGUGUUUGUGAAGAAGGGGAAACAGUACAGCCCUGCAGUGUGGGGCCGGACAGGCGGGAACGGCUGGAGGCACACACAGAUCACGUUAUGGGGCACAGGCCUGGAAAGUGUGAUCCUGAAGGGGGAGCGCGGGCGGGGCCGGAUCGGGGAGAUGGCCGUGGACGACAUCACUCUGAGGAAAGGCUCCUGUACAGAGGAGCACAAUCUGAGGAGACUCUGACUGACAGUACAGUGACAGGCAGAAACAGAAAAAAAAAACCUGAGGGAGAAUCAUCUCAAAGAGAAGUGACUCUGUUGUGACAACCCCUCACUCUGCCUCCACCCACCCACCCUUCCUCUGCAGCUCAUCCCCUCUGUCGUGUGAACAAUAUCCCAAAAACUAUCUUUCUGCAGAACAGUGGGUUUCUCCCUCCACAACGACCAUGAUUUAAAAAAAAAAAACAAAAAAAACUGAAUCGAAUCUCAUGGUUGGGUCCCAGCAGCACAGCCCAGUCUUCUCCGCCUCCUGUUCACUCCAUCACCUUGUUACUCUGAAACCUGCAUGCAGCUACUUACAAUGGAAAUGUCCUCCACCUUACAUAGCCUGGCAGCCCUCCAGCCACACCGCUGAGAGACUCCGUCACUUCAUUUCCUCCUGCAGAGAGGAUCGUUCUCUCAUGUACGGUCUGAUUUGCUCUGCUUUUUUAAAAUAUUUUAUCAUAAGCCAUUUUUUAUUGCUGGAGUGCAUUUUGUGAGUAUUUAAUCAGCAAACAUCAGUGAUGGUGUUCAUUCUUUAAAGUUUUGAAGAUUUUUUUAAAGAAUAUAAAUUAGGCAAACUGUGUUUGACUUAAUCAGUAAUUCUUUCACUCCAAAUCAGACUGCUUCAACACAUAAAAUUAUCAGUUUUUCCUGCUUUUGUAGGUCUGUUUUUUUGCAAUUUUGACUCCCUCCCCUGAUCUUUUAUUGAAAAGCUGUUUAAACUCUCAUGGUCAUGUUUUCACAUACUUGAAAGAUGUCGAACAAAUUCAUUUUCAACACUUUAAUCCAACAGUUACUUUCUAUUAUACAAUAUGUGCUUUGUUAUAUUAAGUGCAGUUUGUUACAAGAUAUGAUGACUUUUAAGGCUUUUAAAAACUGUAUUAUUGUAAAUGUAGUUGUGUGUACAUACUCUAAAGAUCUACAAUCCCAUAUGUUGUGUGCUUUUUAUGUUCUGUAAUUUCAUACAUAAUUAUUAAUUGGAUUUCAAAAUGAUUGAUUUGAAUUAAAGAACAUGUAUACAGAUGAAAACCUUCAGUUUAAAGUGCACAAUAAUAUAUGUUUGUGUGUUAUGGUAUAAUGCUACGUCUGUAACGUGCAGAGCACAUUCUGUAUGCUGUGAUAAUGAAGGCAUCAGCUGGAGUAUUAAGGUUUUCUGUAUGCAUGGGUGCAUUCACCAAAUUCAGAUUUAUUCAGACCAGUAUGUAAAUAAAAAAA